GUAGUGCGUCAUCGAGGGUGCUUUGGCGAAUUUGGCAGACGAAAGAAAGUGAACCUGAGCUAGGUCAACUGAGAGUGGACUCUUUUGAUCUCCUUUUCUAUGAAAGAGAUACCUCAGGAUGAGUCGCAUUCAUGAGCCUACACUAAUUGAUUAGUAUUCACACCACCCCAGCCCGCAAAGCAUUGAAGAAGUGCUACACUGAUGCCGUCGCAAAUCUCUAUCGGCGAUGCUUUGGCUUUAAAGCCAGCUUCCAAGAGGAAAGCUGCUGCUAACAACGACUCUAAAGAUGCUACUAAACCCAAGAGACCAAGGGUUGGGAAUGGCACCUCUGAUCCGUUGCGCGCACCUCAUCCCUUUACAGAAGAAGCUGAAGAGAAUGGCAUCGUACUUCGCAAAUAUUACCCACACGAAAUGAGCAAUGCACGAGCACAAGCGUACAGCAAUAAUGAAAUUCCCCGGCCUAUGGAACAACUCACCGCCGCCCUUGAGGCAACAAGCAAGGCGCGGAAUAAAGUAAAGGUAAAGGAUGCUGUUGUUCACUGGUUCAAGAUGGAUUUGCGAAUUGCCGAUAAUCGUGCACUUUGGGAAGCCAGUGAAAAAGCCCGGGAAGCUAAGGUCCCGUUGAUCUGCAUAUACAUCGUGAGCCCACAAGACUUUGAAGCACAUCUCACAUCACCAGCUCGCGUGGAUUUUAUGAUUCGAACAUUGCACGUAAUCAAAAAGGACCUAGCUGCUCUGGAUAUCCCAUUAUACGUCGAGGAAGUAGAAAAACGGAAAGAAAUACCCAGCCGAAUUAUCGACUUUAUGGAAGAAUGGGGUGCGAGUCAUCUCUUCGCCAACAUGGAAUAUGAGGUCGACGAGCUUCGCAGAGAGACUAAGAUGGUGCGGUUGUGUGCAGAGCGUGGGUUGUCUAUGGACAUCUUCCACGAUACCUGCGUCGUACCACCGGGGGCGUUGCACACGGGUACCGGAAAACAGUACGCCGUAUACACUCCUUGGUAUCGAGCUUGGGUUUCACAUGUACACGGAAACCCAGAACUCCUCAACACGUUUGAACCACCGUCGAGGAACCCGCCGGAUGCCCGCGACAAAGUGUCUGUACUAUUCGACUGCGAUAUACCCGACGUACCGGAAAACAAGAAAUUGUCCGACGAAGAUGCCAAACGACUUCGUUCACUCUGGCCAGAAGGCGAGCACGAAGCGAUGGACAGGGUAGAGAAGUUCUGUGAAGAAAGAAUUGGCCAAUAUACUGAACGGCGGAACAUCCCCGCCUCCGCAGGCACGGCGUCGAUAUCAGUGCAUCUUGCUGCGGGCACUCUUAGUGCAAGGACAGCUAUCCGGACCGCCAGAGCUCGGAACAAGACCAAAAAGCUUGAUGCCGGGAUUCAAGGUAUCCAGACUUGGAUUAGCGAGGUAGCAUGGAGGGAUUUCUAUAAACAUGUUUUGGUUAACUGGCCGUACAUCUGCAUGAACAAGCCCUUCAAGCCCGAAUAUUCAAACAUCGAAUGGUCUUACAAUGCUUCACACUUCGCAGCUUGGUGCGAAGGGCGCACCGGCUUUCCGAUCGUAGAUGCUGCCAUGCGACAAAUCAAGAGCAUGGGCUACAUGCAUAAUCGCUGCCGCAUGAUCGUCGCCUCAUUUCUAGCCAAAGACCUGCUGAUCGACUGGCGAAUGGGGGAACGCUUCUUCAUGGAACAUUUAAUCGACGGUGAUUUUGCCUCGAACAACGGUGGUUGGGGAUUUAGCAGCUCCGUGGGCGUAGACCCGCAGCCAUACUUCCGUAUCUUCAACCCGCUGCUCCAGAGCGAGAAGUUCGAUCCCGACGGCGAUUAUAUCCGCAAAUGGAUUCCCGAGCUCGCCGAGAUCAAAGGCAAGGCCAUCCAUGACCCUUAUGGGAGAGGAGCAGCUGCGCAAGCAAAGAAGGCAGGCUAUCCCAAGCCUAUUGUGGAUCAUAAGGCGAGUCGUGAUAGGGCACUGAGUGCGUAUAAGGCCGGCAUUGGACGUGAUACUGCUUGAUGGAAAUUUGGUGACUUGCGGAUAGGCUACUGUAGCCUUCGUGAUUUCGCAUUGUUUGGAUACUUAGCAAGAGCGGUCCGGUAUUUUACACAGGUGUACUGGCGUUCUUUUUAGAUCGUGUGUAUCAUAAUUCGUCGUGUUUCCACUUCCUCGAUAUAUGGAUGGGCACAUCUCGGAUGGGUGUAAGCUCAUGGGCAUAUGUCACAACCACAUGAUUCAAACAUUCCUUUAAUCGCUAGCUUGUGUAUUUGACAAGGAUAGUAACCCGGGUAAGAUGAUGGGUUUGAUGCACCUCCUGACAUUCUGAGUGAUUGCAACUUGAGUAACUCUAGUUGCAACCAAUAAUACUCUUCCACCACCAACAACGUAUGGCCCUAGAUAUUAAGAUCCUAAUACUUAUUAACCAAAUCUUACCGUAAAUUCAAAUUUUGCUGGUGAAGCUCGCUAGAUAACGUCUGAGAACAUUAGCUAUGGAUCUGGGGGUUGAGAGCAAUGCCAGCGUCAGCGCCAAGUGGAUCAGCGCUCUCUGCUGCCUGACCUUGCUGAACCUCGGCAUGUUCUCACUACACUCACUUACCUUUCGGUGUAGAUGAUCUAACCCCGGUCUCGACUAACUUGCAGGCCAGAAUCAUGCAGUCACUGAUCUCCUCAGCCUCAAGUUUGUAUU